ACCACAGAGCCAUGAAUGAACCCGCACGCGGAGAAAUGGAAGGAAGUAGGACACGGGCUGCUUUUCCACAUCGCAGCCACCAGGAGGCGGCGUUUCUUCCCUCUCCGUGUUGGGAUCGCUCUCCACUUUGGAUUGUUUGAUCACAUGCUGGGAAGGUUUGAAGUGGCGGCUCCAUGUCACACAUGCGUACCGACAGAGUGAAUGGCGCGCGGGCGCGGGAGUGACUCCGAGGGAGCAGAGAGAACGGAGAGCCACACCAGAGCUGAUCCUCGGCAGCUGGGUAAAGCCUUCACAAGGGGCGGGGGAGGAGGAGAGAGAGCGGAAAAAGAGGCGCUCGUGGAGAAGAUGAACAUGACACCCACGGGAGGUUAUUGUAUGAAACCACCGGUGUCCACUGUGUAGGACUCGCGGAGUAUCCACGGAAGAUGUGAAUUUGGUUCAGUUGGGGGAAAAAAGUUUUGCAGCUGUUUAUUACAAUGGUCAUAAAUGGGUCUCACCUGAACAGCUCCGCUCAGGACCCCAGUGACGCCGCGUUGAGCCGCCCGCCGUGGGUCACCACAACUUUGGGCUGCUUUCUCAUCUUCACCAUCGUGGUCGACAUCCUGGGGAACCUGCUGGUCAUCUUCUCCGUGUAUCGAAACAAGAAGCUCAGGAACGCAGGAAACAUCUUUGUGGUUAGCCUGGCUGUGGCAGACCUCGUGGUGGCCAUCUAUCCUUACCCUUUGGUCCUCACCUCCAUUUUCCACAAUGGCUGGAACCUGGGUAACGUCCACUGCCAGAUCAGCGGCUUCCUCAUGGGGGUCAGCGUCAUUGGCUCCAUCUUCAACAUCACCGGCAUCGCCAUCAACAGAUACUGCUACAUCUGUCACAGCCUCAAAUACGACAAACUUUACAGUGACAAAAACUCUGUGUGCUACGUGGUCCUAAUAUGGGCGCUGACUGUGGUGGCCAUUGUGCCCAACCUGUUUGUGGGUUCGCUCCACUACGAUCGGCGGGUUUACUCCUGCACCUUCAAACAGUCAGCCAGCUCUGCGUACACGAUCGCAGUGGUGUUUUUCCACUUCAUUCUACCCAUCAUGAUUGUCACCUACUGCUACCUGCGCAUUUGGAUAUUGGUUAUACAGGUACGGCGACGGGUCAAGCCAGACAAUCGGCCCAAACUGACGCCGAACGACGUCCGGAACUUCGUCACGAUGUUUGUGGUUUUUGUACUCUUUGCCGUUUGCUGGGCGCCGCUCAACUUCAUCGGCCUGGCUGUAGCGAUCAAACCGGAGGUCGUUGUUCCCCUCAUCCCCGAGUGGUUAUUUGUGGCCAGCUACUUCAUGGCUUACUUCAACAGCUGCCUUAACGCCAUCGUAUACGGUGUGCUGAACCAGAACUUCCGGCGGGAGUACAAGCGCAUUGUGGUGUCGGUGUGUACAGCUCGCAUCUUCUUCCAAGACAGCUCCAACGACGCAGCGGAGAGACUCAAAAGUAAACCAUCGCCGCUCAUGACCAACAAUAACCAGGUCAAGGUGGACUCUGUCUGAACCAGAACAGAUUUUUUAUGCUGGAAUUGAGAGUUUCUCUAUUUUUUAAGGCUAACUGACAAUAAAUAAAUAAAUCUAAACAUAAAAGAGCUUCUGUCCUCUGGGCUUUUAUGACGUUCUCACUGUACGGUGCUAUCUGACCUCUGAACAAUCACAGUAAAAACAGAUGUUUCUAUAUUCUUUGUCUUUGUAACAAGCACUUUGUUUGACUCUGCAGUACACGUAGUAAAGUAAAUGAAUAAUGUCUGCUUUGUUUUCAUAUUUGCAUCGAUGAUAUUAAUGUAGAAUUCAAUUAUUUUUGUGAAUCUCAAAAUGAUACAUACCACUGGCAGAUUUAGAUUAAGGAAGCCAUUUUUAGUUAACCAGCAAGAACAGGUAUAUAUUUUUUUAAAUGACAUAACACUGGAAUGAGUGUACGUAUGAUGCUUUAUUGGCAUAACAGGAAUCAACCCCUCCCCAAAGUUUUUUUUUUUUUUUUUUCCCUACACUGGAUGUACUCACAUUCAAAGGUUGAAAAUUUCUAAUCUUUCAAGUCUGAGACUAGGGAACUGAAAUACUAAGAUGAUAUACACGUUAACUUGGAUGCCGACAAAUGAGGAUAAAAUCACAAAAUAUUCAUUUCUAAUGUGGUUUUUGGUGUAAGGUAACCCUUUUAUUUUACUACCAUGUUUCCUCUAGAUGGAAUCAUUGAUUUGUUGAAGUGACCCAGUCAGAGUCCCAACUCGAUCCGGACUGAGACUCGGUGGAGGGAGCUGAAGUUCGGGGAUUCGGAAGUAAUCAUUAAUGUUAAAUAGUCAAAAUAGCAGUGCAAACACGACUCUGACUGUUCUGAUUACAGCAAAUAUUCCAAUAAAAUAUGAACAGACAAUCCUAUUCUUCAAACUGAGAAUUGAGAGAUUUUUUGCUCAAUUUUAGUGUGAAAAUAAAGGUAAAUCUGCCAGUGGUAUAAAAGAUUUGUCUCAUAAACAAACUAUAUAUAUAUAAAACAAACAAGGGAUCAUCAAAAAGUAAUAAUUAAGCCCAACAUCGUUUUACUUUUUGUUGAACAUAUAAUAAUGGCGUUAGCAAGUUUAACAACAAUAUUUGUGACACUGUAACACUACUUGAGUACCGGCUGUAUGAGUUGCUGCUAUCUUAUUAUGCCGUACAAUAUUGUCCUUAUUCUUUAGGUGGAAUAUUACAAUUAGUAAGAGGGAACUUUCUCUCACUCCUGUGAAGUCAAUAUACUAUAUGCAUGGAUAUAACAACUUGUUCAUAUGCAAAAUAAAAUCGAAUAUUGAUCUUUGAA